CUCAGAUUCGCCUUCAUCUUCACCGUCUGUCAUCUGUGGAGAGAACAUGGCUCCUGAGCAAAGAGAAGCGAGGUCUCUGUUGUCAGUGACGUUUGAGGAUGUGGCUGUGCUCUUCACUCGAGAUGAGUGGAAGAAGCUGGAUCACUCUCAGAGAAGCCUGUACCGAGAAGUGAUGCUGGAGAACUACAGCAACUUGUCCUCACUGGCAGGAUUACCAUUUACCAAACCAAAGGUGAUUUCCCUGCUGCAGCAAGGAGAGGAACCCUGGAAGGUGGAGAAAGAAGGUUUUGGAGGCUCCUCUCUUGAAUUGAGGUGCAACCAUAGACCCACUAAGUCAACUCAAACACAAGACUCUUCAUUUCAGGAACUGAUUGUGAAAAAAUCUAAAAGAAAUGAACCUUUGAACUUGAAGUCAGAAAAACUUUUCAUACAUGAAGGCAAAUUGGAGGAAAAGCUGGAUAAGGAUACUUUGACUAUAGAAAGAAGCCAUAAAAACAGUGAAUUUAUCGCAAAGUCACAUACAGAAAAAAGGUCAUCAGAUUGUGAAAAACAAAAUACUUUCAAGCAGAUACCAUAUUUAUCUAAUCAACCAAAAAUCACACCAGAUAAACGAUAUAAAUGUAGUAUGUGUGAGAAAACUUUCACCAACACUUCAUCUCUUCGUAAGCAUGAGAAAAACCAUAGUGGAGAGAAAUUAUUUAAAUGUAAAGAAUGUUCAAAAGCCUUUAGCCAAAGUUCAGCCCUUAUUCAACAUCAAAUAACUCAUACUGGAGAGAAGCCUUAUGUAUGUAAAGAAUGUGGGAAAGCCUUCACUCUCAGCACAUCCCUGUAUAAACAUCUAAGAACCCACACUGUAGAGAAAUCAUACAGGUGUAAGGAAUGUGGUAAAUCUUUUGGCCAAAGGUCAGGUCUUUUUAUACACCAGAAAGUCCAUGUUGGAGAAAACCCUUAUAAAUAUAAUCCAGGUAGGAAGUCAUCCAGUUGCAGCACAUCCCUGCCUGGUCAAAGAAUUCAUUCCAGAAAGAAGACCUACUUGUGUAACGAAUGUGGCAACGCCUUUAAGUCUAGCUCCUCCCUUCGUUAUCACCAGAGAAUCCACACUGGAGAGAAACCUUUCAAAUGUAGUGAAUGUGGCAGAGCCUUCAGUCAGAGUGCAUCACUUAUCCAACAUGAAAGAAUUCACACUGGAGAAAGGCCCUACAGAUGUAGUGAAUGCGGAAAAGGCUUCACUUCUAUUUCAAGACUCAAUAGACAUCGAAUAAUUCACACUGGGGAGAAGUUUUAUAAUUGUAAUGAAUGUGGCAAAGCCUUAAGUUCCCAUUCCACUCUUAUUAUUCAUGAGAGAAUCCACACUGGAGAGAAACCAUGUAAAUGUAAAGUUUGUGGGAAAGCCUUCAGACAAAGUUCAGCUCUGAUCCAACAUCAGAGAAUGCACACUGGAGAAAGACCUUAUAAAUGUAGUGAGUGUGGGAAAACAUUCAGGUGUAACUCAUCCCUCAGCAACCAUCAGCGAAUUCAUACUGGAGAGAAACCAUACCGAUGCCAGGAGUGUGGCAUGUCAUUUGGUCAAAGUUCAGCUCUUAUUCAGCAUCGCAGGAUUCAUACUGGUGAGAAACCCUUUAAAUGUAACACAUGUGGGAAGACCUUUAGGCAAAGCUCUUCACGUAUUGCACAUCAGCGAAUUCAUACUGGAGAGAAGCCCUAUGAAUGUAACACAUGUGGGAAACUUUUCAACCAUAGGUCAUCCCUUACCAAUCAUUAUAAAAUUCAUGUGGAUGAGGACUCUUAAAAAAAAAAAAAGCAAAUUUGCAUGUGUAAAAGCCUUAAACCAAAGCUCUUUGGAGAAUAUGUACUUGAAAGAUGUAAUAAACAAUGAA